GUGUUUCUGUUUCUGUUUACAGGUGAGUGGCGAAGCGUUUUUGAAUACCCACUACCAAAUACUUAUAAGAAGACGUUCUAUUACCUGUUUUGUUUAAACGUCCAUUUGUUGGCAAUCAGAGAAGACGUACCUUCGGACGAUCAAUUCAAUCCAUUCAACGCUCUACUGCCGACCCUAUUCAAAAUGUGGAAAUUAAUUGUCGUAACUGCUUGCAUUAUUUUGGGGUCUUUGGAAUCUGAAGCUGCAAAACGCAAAUCCAAACGUCAAAUACCUGACUAUGACUUUGGAUUCGGAUCGUAUGCUCCUGAUUUUGGUUUCAUCGAUCCAUUUGCUUUCCAUCAGCAGUUGACUCAGCAAAUUUUGGCACAACAAGCCGCCCAACAGCAAGCUAUAGCCUCAACAUUUGUAAAUGGCGAUGCAAUGGUUUCUGCUGGGGCAUCUAAUAUGCCCGACUAUAUGGAUGAUGAAGAAGCCAUCUACCGUCAGCAACAGGCUCUCUUUGAUUAUGCCAGACGUCAGAGUCACUACAAUGGCAAAGGCAAUCGUUAUGCUCCCAACUACUCGGCCGCCGCUGCCUCAAUUGGACCCGGAGGUGCUUACCAAACGGCUUAUAUUAGUCCUGGCAAUCCCGCUAUUCCAAACAUCAGUAAUCGCUUUUCCUCGACCAGCCCUGGUGGCUUCAAGGGUGUGUCCGUCAGUUCCUACAGCAGCAGUUCCGAUGUCAAUGGCAAGCGCACCAGCAACCGUGGUGCCCAAACGACAAUCAACGAUAACGGACGCAUUACCACAUACAAAGUUAAUUCCUAGAUUCGACGCGUUAAGGCUAUCCCUUGAUUAUUUAUUCCCACCUUCACUGUUUAAUUUAUUUUCGAAAUUUAUUAAUUUAUGAUUUACUCAAGAACUGCGAAAAUUCUAAAGAUUCAUAUUAAAUAUUCUUAUUUAAUAUUAUUUAUACAUAUUUAGAAAGAAACCUUUUAUAUAAUAAUCUUCGAAAUUAUAACACACACACACAGACAUAAAGAGAAUGAAGUGAGAACAAAUAAUGCAAUUUUCCCAAUUCGCAUUUUUCCUUGAACUCAGCUGUGCCCCUUAAAGGCGAAGUUCAAUUUCAGUUUCAUUGUCACCGGAAACUAAUCGUUGAAUAAUAUGAAUGAUCUAUUGUUUAUUGAAUGAUAACGCUGAGACGAAAAAAAAAACAAGUAUUUUCUUAAAAUAAACUAUAAAUAACCAAGCGAUGUGAUAAGGAAUUAAAAAAAAAUAGCAUUAAGCCUACUUCAGUAGAUAUGAUCAUAAUUUAUAUCAGAGCGAAUGUUAAAUAAAAAUGUUACAAAAAAUCUAA